AUGGAUAGACCAACGACCGGGCAGUCUCGAUUUUCGGGGCUGACGCUAGACACUCAGUUCAGUCGGCAGACAUCGCUGGCACCAAAAGAGCUCGAGGGAAUCUUUACUUUUGAAGGAGUCUCGCACGACUUACUGCUCUCAAAUGGGAAGCUUUAUUGGGAGCCAAUUACGGUUGAUAUUCCAGGAGUGGAGGCACCGAUGGGAGAAAAGUACUGCGUUGAAAUUGAGAAAUUCGUGAUUGGAGUGCGCUUCAGAAAAAUCAAAACUGUUAUUCGAGGACAAGCGCGGUCGAUUGUUACAGGAAGGGCUUUUAUAAACUACUGGUUGAAAUGCGAUAGAGUCGAAAAAGCCAGAUUAGGAUUCAACUUGAGAGUAAUUGCGGACGAUGAAGAGUUCGACUUCACCUUUAACAACGAUACAGAAGAACUUGUUCGAACCUGGGCAAGCGCUAUCCUCAAAAUCAUUCGGAAACGCCCUUUUAUUUCUAAAAAUCAUGCAAAAGUUUUUAUCGAAAAGUCCGACGUAAAAGAUCUUCCAACGAUUCUCAACUAUUUUCAUUCCGCUGGCUUGAAAUACACGAUCUGCAAACUUGCUGACUUCAAAUUUGUACUUCCCUCAGAAACAGCCAUCUUGAUCGGGACGGAUAAAUUUUUGCAGUUUGCCUUUGACUACAGAUGCCCUUUUAUCCACCAUGUGAUCGUAACGAAAAACGACUCGCGACUAUCAUCUGUAUCUUCUAAAAUCCCCAACUCGCCCUACUCAAUCAUCAACCGCGAUGACUUCGUCCCCACUCUCUUCAUUCGCCCUGGAAAAGAAGAAGACAACGAUGAUGUCGCUGCCGUGUACAAGAAUAACGACCAGCUCAAGAUGAUCUACGGCGACUUUUUCUACACUGAAAUGGUUGAAUCAGUUGAUGAGAGACACAAGGUGCUUGUUGCUGAUGUAAAUGAUAUCGCAGUUGGUGCGAUUGCAAUUUCAUCGAAGAUUUCCCUUGAUCAAUUACAAUGUACGCAUCACAUCGGUGGAUUCAAGUAA